GAUUAAUCGAAAACAGCUGAUCAUAUUUUGGGGGCGGUACUGUUUGCUGUACUGGCUGAUGGGGAUGAAUGAUAUGAAGUACGUUGUUAAGGCCUGAUAAGGGUGUAAUAAAGGUAUAUUGAUUUAGGGGAACUGAAAAUGGUGGUGCAUUAUUUUACGAUGUAUAUGAUGGUUUUUGUUUUAGUGCGCAGGUGUUGUUUCGGUUUCGCUGCAAUGGCUGUGGAUGAUACUGUUGCUUUCCGCGCUGCUUUUCGCCAAUAUUAUAAGGCAUUUGGUGAAUUCGAGGAAGAUUUGAAGCGGUUUCAACUUCAGACGGCGACCAGUUUUUACAAAUAUGACGUUUUGACCGCUGCGUCGUAUAAGAAGUGGUCCGGUCAAGAGCUACCCGAUGGGAUGCGGUACAAAUGGGUACAAUAUCGUUGUGUCCAUUGCACCCGGAAAGGAGACGGUGGCAGUCGGUAUGUCAGCCUCGGUUGUAAAGCGAGCAUAUCCAUCAGUGCUAAGGGCAUUUACUAUGAGAUAGGCUCGCAUUGUCUGGUGCAUAAUCAUAAUUUUCACUUGGGGAAUCCAAGUUUGUACGUGGGUAACCGGCGUCUGACUCCCGAGGCGGAGCGGCAAGUGUUUGAUUUAAUGCAGUCCUUCCGUAAUACCGGAGAAUUGCGAGACUAUGUCCUGGAAAGAUAUAACAAACGACUGAAUCGACAGGACCUAUUUUCCAUCCGCCAUCGCUUAGGUGGGGUAUCUAAGGGGAAUGAUGUAAACGCGGUAGCGGAAUUGUUGAGUAAGAACGGCGCUGUGCGUGUCGAAAGAGAUGGGUCACAAGUGCGAUUCGUAUUUUUCGUUCCUGCUUCAAUGACUUCCAUAGCGGCGAAAUACGGCGACGUACUUCUUGCGGAUGCGACGCAUCAGGUGAACUGCGGUGGUUAUAUUCUUUGGCACUGUAUGGUGAUUGACGGUUUCGGCGUAGGUCGAAGCGUGUUUUACGCUUUAAUGCCCAACGAGACAGCAUGCAGUUACCUGGAGGUUGCUCGGGGCAUGUCGGAAAUGUUGCCCACCACCUUGUCAGCGAAGACUAUAGUCAUGGAUAGGUGCCUGGGUCAAAUGAAGGCAUUUAAGUCAGUAUAUGCACGGAGCACUGUAGUAUUAUGCCGGUUUCAUUUCCUGCGGGACGUUUCACGCAGAUGCCAGUGUUUGUCAAAAGUGAAGAAGGCGGACAGAGUUCUGCUCAAGCAGUGGAUGCACCGAUUGGUGUACACGAAGACGGAAUUGCAAUUUAAGAUGCUGCUCAGAGCGAUAAGGGUUAGAAGCAAAGAGGCAUUCACUUACCUCAGUCGUACGUGGUUGCCCUUCGCAGGAAGCUGGGCGUACCACCGGUUGCGCGAUGUGCGUACGUUGGGUGCGUUCACCACCAACAGAGUGGAAAACGAGAAUAAGCACCUCAAGUGCGGAUUAAGCGAAAGGACAUCGCUGUUGCAACUUUUUGAGGCCGUUGUACGUAGAGCACGCGAUGCGGAAUCACGUUGGACCACGUCACUGGGCAAAUUGCAGAUGUCGAAAUCGCGCACCAUUCCGGCAACAGGGCAGGUGCGGGAGUUGGUUUCCUGCCUUUCUACUUAUGC